ACCAAAAGGAAACUAAAAAGUAAAAACUCUGAAACUUCCCUUUUUCUCAACUGUCAUGCGACCAACACAGCCACCGGAAGUAGCCGUCACCGGUCCCUCCGCUAAUCCCCAGGGAGGUAUCUCCCGCGUAGUGAAACGAGCCAUAGUUAUCGGAAACGGCUGCGCCGGCGCGGAGAAUCAGUGCAUCGGCCUCGUUCGAUCAUUAGGCCUUUACGAUCGCCACCACCUCUACUAUAGUGUCGCUAGGACAAGAGGAGGAAUCUAUAGGUGGCUUCAUUGGCUUCCUAUCUCUCUCUACAAAAAGCUUGACCAGUUCAUCAGAUGUGUAUGUUCUGGAUUCUCCUUCAAAGCAAAUGAAUCUGUUGACAGAAGAUCUGGUACAGGAAUCAGGGAUGUGACUGAGAUAGCUGAUGCGAAGUUGAUUGUUGCCAUGGCUCGUCGUACCUUUGACAAGAGUGGCCCUUUGUUAGUGGUGGCAUCUGGUCGUGAUACUAUUUCUGUCGCAAGCUCCAUUAGACGACUAGCUAUGGAUUAUGUUUUUGUUGUUCAGGUACAACAUCCAAGGUCGCGUCUCGAAAGAUUUGAUCUAGUGAUCACACCUCGUCAUGAUUACUUUUCUUUAACACCUGAAGGAAAAAAGCAAAUCCCUUUCUUUCUCAGGCCGUGGGUAACUCCACGUGAACCUCCAGGUAGAAAUGUGUUUCUCACUACUGGAGCUCUUCACAACGUGGACUCUUCUACUCUGAGAAAUGCUAAUUUGAAAUGGAAGGACGAGUUUGCCUCCCUGUCAAAAAAACCUUUGGUUGUGGUUAAUAUUGGAGGACCUACAAGGAACUGUUUGUAUGGUGUUGAUCUUGCUAAGCAACUGUGUGGUAUGCUUCACAGUAUCCUCUGGAGCUGUGGGUGCCUAAGAAUAUCUUUUUCAAGAAGAACACCGAAGAAGGUCAAAGAGAUGGUAACUAGAGAAUUGAGGUCUAACCCGAAGGUCUACAUUUGGGAUGGAAAAGAGCCUAAUCCGCAUUUGGGGCAUCUAGCUUUAGCCGAUGCUUUUAUCAUAACUGCUGACUCUAUAAGUAUGUUGAGCGAGGCAUGUACUACCGGGAAACCAGUGUAUGUUGUGGGUGCUGAAAGGUGUACAUGGAAAUUCUCAGACUUCCAGAAGACCCUUCGUGAAAGAGGAGCUGUUCGGCCUUUAACCGGCAAAGAAGAUAUGGUUGAGAAGUGGAGUUACACUCCUCUUAACGAUAAUGCAGAAGCUGCAAAGCGUGUGAUUCAAGAUCUGGCUGAGCGUGGAUGGAAAAUUGAGGCGUGAACAAGUUUUCCAGAGUAUUGUCUUUUCUCUUAUCAAUAUCGAUUAAAGGUAAUUAGUUUCAGGUUAGGAAUUAGCGCGAUCCUUUUUGAAAAUUAUAUUAUAAACUUAAAGGUCAUCUAGUUAGCUCAUUGGUUGAACUAGUAGCAAUAUGAUUUUGUUAGUUCUUUGUUUUUUUUUUUUCCCAUUUGGAUAUUAUGAUCUACUGGUUUGUUGGAAACUUGAAAAUAAAGUUUUUGAACCUUUUUGGGGUAAAAGAUAAUACAGUAUAAUAAAGAAGUUUAAAGUA